GACAAGUGCUCUGUUUGGUAGCAUUAAAAAAAGGUGUUUAAAUUCCUCUUGCAAUUUUGUGCGCCCAAAACCCUAGAAUUGAUUUAGGGUUUUGCUUUGUUCCAAAAGAGGGAGAGGAAGAAGAAGAAACAUCAAAAGAGGCGAUGAUUGGCGUAGCAGGUAGGUUGUUUAGGGCUACGACUGUCGCUGCUAGAACCUCCAUGGUUGGCCGACUCGUCUUUCAUAGACAUGGACAACCUCUCUCUCAGUUAUCACCACCCUUCAGAUUUCUCUGUACAAAUAACGGUCCCAAGGUCAAUCCAGUUGCUCUACAGAUGAUUAAUUACGCUCUCUCUCUUGCCAGAUCCGGAAAGUCAGAUAGUCCAUGUGUAGAUGAAGCAUAUGCACAAGCUUCGCUGGUACUUGAACAGUGCCUCACUACUCAACGUGACGAUAAUUCAAAGGGAAUGGUUCUACUCGCCAUGUCCACCUUGUUAUAUGAAAGAGGUAAAUUUGAUGAAGCCAUGGAGAAACUCAAGCGCAUUCCAGACUUAACCAAAUCUUCUAUGCCUGUUAGAGUUGCUGCUAGCGAAGCUCUCGUGGGACUCCAUUUAGAGUUGGGACAGGAUGAUGCUUCAGCUGUAGUAGCAGCUUUAUGCUUGCAAAUCUUGGGUGCUAUCAAACUAGAAAUUGGUGGUGGGUGUGGCUUCGAGAUUCUGGACACUCGUGCUAGAGCCUUAAGAGGGCUAGUUGAGCUUGUUGGUGGUCAUGUUUCAUCAGCAAAGUUCUUAUUUGAAAAGGCUGAGGACAACAAAGGCUCCUCUGGCAAUGCUGCUCUGUCAUAUGGUGAAUUCCUGCAUGCUACUCGGAAUUUUACAAUUGCAAAGGAGUUAUACGAGAAGGUAAUAGAAGGGAUGCCUGAGUUUAAGGAUUUCAGUAAUCCAUAUAACUUAGCAGCUUGUAAUAUGGACCUGGAGGAAGUUUUCUUGGCAACUACUUGUGCUUUAGGACAACUUGAGGCACACUUAGGGAACUUCAAUGAUGCAGAGGAUAUACUAACUAGGGCACUAACGAAAGCAGAAGGUCAUUUGGGCCCUCAUCAUCCCAAGGUUGGGGUUGUUCUAAUCUGCAUAGCUCUCAUGUUUCGGCAUAAAUCAACAAUGGAGCAAUCGAGUUCCCUUUUAAUUCAAGAGGGACUUUACAGAAGAGCAAUAGAUCUGCUAAAAGCUCCACCAUUGGAGACUGAAGGUAUAGGUGCUGAAGCAACAGAAUGUCGAAGGGAUAUAAUGGCCCUUGCAAGAGGUGGGUAUGGAGAAGUACUGCGUGUUCAGCAGUACAGAAAAGAUGAAGGAGAGAGAAUGAAGAGCUGGGCAGAAUCUGCAUGGAAAAAUCAGCGGCUGUCACUUGCUGAGGCACUGGAUAUAUCCGAGUCUUCAACCAAAGUGCCAGUUAUUGAUGUUAGAAUUGGCAGGGUCCUGUAGUUCUUUUUCUAGAUUCUGCAUCGGUGAUCCAAUGGUUCUGCAUCGGUAUUACAUUCCUUGGUGAAGCAAAGUGAGGAACUGUAGUGUUCUUCAAUCAACGUUUAUAUCUGGUGUCUGUUUCAUAAAGGUCGUACAUGGCAUAGUUAUCUACAAGAUCAGCUGAGGCAUGUGUAUUUGUAUAUUUUGUUGGACAGUUCAUCGUGUAUAAUCUGGAAAUAUAGAGAAUAAAAUUCCAGGUUUUGCAGCUGUUAGUAUUUAUUGAUGAUGGGUUUUGACACUGUCUUGAGAAGACAGCGUCGAUUACUGUCC